UGUUACAAGAGGAUGUGACAUCAUUAGAAGAUGUGUACUGGCUUGAGGACUCAAGAGCACGCUACCUGCUGGGCAAGGACUUUGCUGUGUGGAGUGCAGCACGCCAGGCUCUGCCAGUCAACAAGGAGGAUCUGGGCAAACUCAAGGCAGAGCUGUGGAGUGCUGUCGUCAAGAGUAGUCAGCACCAGGACGCAUGGACUUUUGGGGGUAUGCUGGUGGUGUCAGUAAGUGUGGCCGGCCUGGUGACACUUGCCGCCAUGACCCAACCUUCACUAGCACCCGAGGCCAAACACUCGCUGCUCCAGUAUGUGACAGGCAAGUAUCUGCAGCCUGGCAACUGCACUACACACUUCGAGUGGACAGACCCCCACGUCGUAGGCGGCACCAUGACAUUUAUUGUUAGGUUCUAUCAACGUAAUGGCCAGCCGUACCCAAUCUGUGAUACAGACAGUCUUACUGUGGAGGUGACAGAGGGUUUGCGUCGUGUAGCCACCCUGGUGGACCUGGGCGGACAAGAGCCAACCGCUUACAACCGUGCGGUCUGCAAGUUCACAGUGCGCCAGGCUGGCUCGUACCGUCUGUCCGUGAUGGUUGGCAGCUCCCAUGUCUUGGGCAGUCCCUUCAAUAAAACCUUUCUACCAGGUCCGCCUGACCCACUGAAGACUGCGUUCGUCCGUCACAGCUCAACGGUGAUCUGCACAGCAGAGGUGCCACAUGUGCUGGCUAUAGAGCCUCGGGACGAGUUCAACAACCUUUGUCACUUCUUGGCCGAUGAUGACCCGGUCGCGGGCUAUACUGUCAGCAUUUCACAGACUGAGAAUCCUGACGUUGUGGUGAAAACAACGUUCGACUAUGACAGUGUAAGUUUACGGGUCCGAUUGACUGUGAUUUUCUCCAAAGAGGGAUGUUUUCAUGCUAAAGUGGCCUUCAACGGAGUUACCCUUCACAAUGGUGACUUCGACUGUAUAGUCCUUUCAAGCAGUGAUGCAGCGAUGGUCCACAAGAAUGUACGGAACCACAAUAUCUGCUACGAGGCUCGCUUGCUGUCUCUGCAUGGAGAGAAGCUGGCCAAGCCACGUAAAGUGCUGGUCUACGUCUCGCCUAAACAGCUCACCAUCAAGGAAUUCCUCCUCAAGUUCAUCCCCAAGCGUAUUGUCACAUUUAGACUCUGUCCGUCUACUAAGUUCCAGUUCCUCAGUGAUAACCGAUACAGUUCACUGCCAGCGUUUGUCAUCGAUGAUGGCUCCCAGCCGAAGGUGGAGCUCAUGGCCAAAGAUCGUAAUGUCAUUGCGGCUACUUUCACUCACUUCCUGCUCAAAAACAUUGGAGGAUCAGAAACGUUCAAGGACAAACAAGCUUUCUUCUACCACGAAGUGCGAAGGUUUCACCACAAACAUUACCAUGAGAAAUUGGCAAUGAGGGUCAACAGAGAUAAAUUGCUUGAGUCUUCUUUAAAAGCUACUAAAGGAUUUUCUGUCAGUGACUGGUGUAGAAAUUUUGAAAUAACCUUCCAAGGAGAACAAGGCGUUGACUGGGGUGGUCUGAGAAGAGAGUGGUUUCAACUGGUGUGUGCCGCUCUUUUUGAUCCGAAAAACCAACUGUUCAAAGGAUUUUCAGACAACCAACAGGCUUUGGUUCAUCCCAAUGCCAAGAGGCCGCCCACGCUCAAGCUGAAGCAUUAUGAGUUUGCAGGCCGGGUCGUGGGCAAGUGUCUGUACGAGAGUGCUCUAGGUGGUGGUUACAGGCAGCUAGUACGCGCUCGCUUCACUCGCUCCUUCCUUGCGCAACUCAUUGGCCUCAGAGUCCACUACAAGUAUUUCGAGCAGGAUGACCCAGAUCUCUAUCUCAGCAAAGUGAAGUAUAUCCUGGACCAUGAUGUCGAAGACAUGGAACUCUACUUUGUUGAGGAAGACUAUGAUCAUCUGGGUCAACUUACUAAGCUAGUAGAGUUGAUACCCGGGGGAGCUGCGACGCGGGUACACAACACCAGCAAGCACCAGUAUCUAGAUGCUUUGGCCCAGUACCGUUUGGCUACCAGUCUCAAGGAAGAGAUAGAGUGUUUUCUACGAGGACUGAACGACCUCAUCCCAGACAAUCUGCUCAGCAUCUUUGACGAGAACGAACUCGAGCUGCUGCUGUGUGGAACAGGAGAGUACAGUGUGGCGGACUUCCGCACCCACCACAUCCUCAAUGGAUCCAGUCCAGAGUUCCGUAGGGUCCUGGACUGGUUCUGGACGGCCGUCAGUAAUUUCACGGUUGAGGAGAUGGCUCGGCUGCUACAGUUUACCACUGGCUCAUCUCAGCUACCUCCAGGUGGUUUCAAGGAGCUCUCACCACGGUUCCAGCUCACCCCUGCUCCCACCUUUGGCAACCUGCCCACUGCACACACUUGCUUCAACCAGUUGUGUUUGCCGGACUACGAAAGUUACGAGCAGUUUGAAAAAGCGUUGUUGCUGGCAAUCAGUGAAGGUACAGAAGGCUUCGGAAUGAUUUAACUUGCUGGCUCACCGAGAUCUGACAUGGUAUCUGUGAUUAACAUGUUUCUGUCAGGUUCAUGACUUGAACAGUAAAUUUAUGUAGGGAGGAUGGUCAGUGUUGUUUUGCAACCGACAUAUUUUGUUUAGUUUUAUGUUUUGUAUGUACUUAAUUGUUUUGUUUUGUUUUAAACCACUAAGUUCUUAUAUACAGUACUAGAAGUAUAAUACUAAUUUAAAAAACCAUGAUGCAAAAUGGUUUCUAAAGUUCUUAAAAAAUUAUUGCAUCACAAUGAAGAACAGCAUGAGUUCUUGGAAGAGGUGUCAGAUUUAUCUCUAGUUAAUAAAAGUCUCGUUUUGGUGUUUAAAAAAUUUUUUUUUUUUUAUUUAAGUGCGUUUUGUUUGAAUUUGUAUUUAGUUGUAUGCUCGUUUUUAGCUGAUAAAUUUAAAAUAAUAAUAAUGUUUUGUUUAAAUUUUCAAUUUUUUAUUUUAAUGAGUUAAUUCUUUUAAUGUAAUUAAGUUCUAAAGUAAAUUCAAUUUUAAUUUUUAUGACAAGUAUAAUAUUUUACGCAUAUUUCUUAUUAAAGACACUACUUAUCUUUAUUACAGUUUUACAAAUAUAGGCCCCUAUAUUAGAAUAUUAUUGAUGAGAUAACUUCCUUAAUUAUUUAUAAUAUAACGGUAUUAAGCAACUCAUUAUCUUCAAACUUACUUCAAAUGUUUAGCUUGCUCUGUAUAUACACCUCUUCCACUUGCUUUUGCUUCUUCAUUUAUUAUUUUACUAUACAGUAAAAUGCCCCACUUUUAAUGUAUUUCACAGCCUUUGGAUUAUAUCUCUGAAAUGUAAAACUAAGAAAAAAAUCGAUAAUGAAUCAGCAAGAUUCACUCAAACAAAGCACCAAAAAAAUAUCACAUUAAUAAACAUAAGUGUUUAUAGUAUUUAUUUUAUGUGUGUUUUUUCUAACGUUUCAUUUAUUUGGUUGGUUCCUAUUAAUAUUUAACACUUAUCUGGUCCAGACACCUUCCUUAAUCUGUCUUAACUGAAAUGUAUUUAAACUAGUCCCUUGUUUGUUUAUUUUAUCAUUAUUUGUUUACUUGAGUAGUGUUUGUUUAUCUAAUUAUAUUCUUCAGAUUUAAAAAAUGUAAUGUAAUAUUUUUAAUACUUUGAUUGUUGUGUUAUUAUAAAUUAAUUUAAGCACUGCCUGCAAUGUGUUUGAAAGAUUUUGUGCCAUUCUGUGACCUUAUCUUGAUUUUUUUCUGGAAGUAGGGAUGUAUUUAAAAUUGUAUGUAUGUUUACAUAUUUUAAUCAUUAAAAUAUUGGCAAACCGUGAUUGUAAAAACAAUGAAUAAUUGUGAGGUGUAGUACUUAUCUUAAUACCAUUAUAUUUUACCAAACACAAAUGCAACUAAAGCAUCAAACAUCCACAUUCCACAAGUGCCAUAUUAAAGUAGGCUGAAGGACAUGUUACCUGCACGGCUGACGGAGUGAGGGGUGGCAACCCAGAAACAGCACUACCAGUAUCCCAAACUUUCUUACCCUUAAAAUACUGUAAACGUAUCUUGUACCCUUGUGACUCAUUUAGGUUUAGUUUAAUUUCAGAGCUCAAUUAAUCCAAAGAAUCUGCAAGAUGUACUUGGAUUAACCUCUGUAUCUGAGGCUUCACUGCAAACAAUGGUUCAAGUAAUAACAAUAUUAGAAUUAUUUGUUUACUUCGAAUUAAAAUGUGUAUACAUUCAUCUAAUACCACUUUUGUUAAAAAAAAAAAACAUUAAAUAAUAUAAACUUUAAUGCAUUUAGUAAUAGGUAAGCAUAAUACAUUUUAAUCAUAAUUAAUUUAUGUCAGAUUUUAUUUAAAAACAUUGUUAAUUUGUUUGUCUGUAACAAUGUUACUUAGUAAAUUAUUUAAUAUAUAAAGUGAAAUAAUAUAUUUUACACAGACAAAGAAUUUGUAACUGUCUUUGGCUGUUCUGGCAUUCAGUCCGAGAUUCUGCCAUUGGUUUUAGUUUUUUGUAAAAAAAUUACAAUUUAAACUUUCAUGAACGGUUAUAAUUAAUUAUCAGUAGGAGUAAACUGUUUUUGUAUUGUCUAAUGAGUGUUCCAAGAAAUCAUUUUUAUAUUGUUAUUUACCCUGCAGCUGUACCACUUUCUGAGUCUUUCUGAUUAAAAUAUUUCUUUAUGGGUUUGGCUGGAUCAUUUUGCAUCUGCACACCCUUACAUAGAUUUCUUUUUCGGACCCCACUUUGAGCACCUGUAAACCACUGUACUGUCCACAAUUAUUUGCCUAAAAUUUCAAGCCUUAGGCUCUUACAUUUCCUUAUUUGUCAUGAGUAAAUUUUAUAUUGUAUUAGUCAAUAAAAAGUAAUAAAAAAAACUGUAUUACAUUGUCCUUAAUCAGCUUACUAACACGUUCACGACAACGGCUUAUUUCCAGACUUUUUUAUAUGUCAUCAAAUUUUUCAAUAAUAAUAGCAAAAAGCCUUAAUAGUUGUUUUUACUUAAAUGUCUUAAGUAUAGCGAAAAAAGUAUGUAGGUUUUGCAGUUUUGAACAGAAAAAAAUUAUUUCAAUAUGUUUUUUCAAUGUUUCUCCAUGUACCCCAAGAGGUACAUAAAAAAUUACUUUACCUUAAAAAUUAGGCAAUUGUGCGCCCAACAGGGCACAUGAUAGUCUGAGUUGUUUAUUUAAGCAUGGGAUCUAAUUUAACAAACCACCAAGACAGGCAAACAAUAAAAACGCAAUAAGGAAAUGCAUAACAAUGUGUACCCCAUCGGGCGCUCCAUGAAACCCCGGUGUGUACUCGAUAACGCGACGACAGUUGUGAAAGAACCCAUUGGGUACAUGUCGUGAAUGUGUUAAUGCUGUUUAUUAUAAAUUAAGUGUAAUUUUGGAGCAUCAGUAGACCUCAUGAUGUGGAUGAAUAGGUACUUUGAUGGUUGUGUUCAUUGUUAUUUUAAACGUUGCUGCUGACAACAAGUACUAAAUACCAUGCAUAGUUAUGCUUUUCUAUUUUUAAACAUCAAUAUGUUAUUGUAAUAGAAAUCAGAUAGAAAAACUAAUAUGUGCAGAAAGUGAAUAUUUCAGACUUCAAUAGUAAUCAUUCCGAUACCUAUGUAUCUGGAACUAUAAAUGUGUCUGUUACAAGAGUUCAGUUCUGAGUACCAAAGAAUUCAUAUUUAAAUUUAAGUAAAAUUGCUCAAAUGGCUAGAAUGAUUUCAUUUUGAAAAAUACAUACAAACAAUUGUAACUUUAUAAAAGUUUUUAUGAAUUUUCGUCAAUUAUGUCAUGAUUGUUGGGAUAUGGAUGAAUGAAAUAAUACCUAAGUCCUAAAUUUUAGUAAAGCUUUGAAAAUCACGAUCAAUAGUAAGGUCCAGCUGAUGGGUUGUAAAAAUCUGAAAUUGUUUAUUCUCUUAUAAUGGUUAAAAAUAUUAAGAACAGCUUCUGACUGGCGUUACCAUUGUAACCAAUAUGUCAGUGACACACACUAGUAAACUAUCUGAGUAUUAUGGAAAACCUUUUUUUUGAUUUAGUAAGUUUGAAAAUAAAAUAGUUGCAUUUUGCAGUAGAGAGAUACUCAUAUACUCUGAAAGGUAAUCAUUAUUUUUAAGUAAAUAUUUCCACCGAAACAUAUCAUUUGAUAGCAAUACAUUUUUGUGUAUAGAUUAUGUACUGAGUGUAUUUAUUAUAGUUGGUAUUUUCCAUCUGCUAUGUUUGUAUUUGUUGUUACUUUUCAUAUUCUGUUUUAACUGAUGGUUACUUUCAUGGAUUUUUCAGUAUUGUAUAUACAUUCCAGAUAUCAAAGAUAUACAAUCUUUGUGUAUAUAAUGACAUUUAUGGCAUUUAUUAUUUUGAUAUAUUGUAAUGUAUUUAAUGUAGUCUGACUAGAACAGAAUUAUUCUUUGUUUAAAAAGUUAAGCUAGUUGAAAGGAAGCCAGUUUCUUUUGAAUACUUAAUUUAAUUGAACUUCAAUUUUCUAAUCUUUCUGACUACCUGCAUGCUCCAAUCUGUUCAUUUAACAAUUUUUUUUACAAUGGAGGAUUUGAAAUAAUAGCAUUGUGUGUUAUUGAAAACAUAGUAAAGUACAAUUUAUAUUAUAACCAUGUUAUUCCCAAUAGUUGUUUUUAUUAAUUCUAAAGAGGAGAAGGUUUUGAGAAAAUUUUAAAAACCAAGAAUUCUGACAAAGACUUUGAUAAUGUAAUAAGGGCAUUAUUGUUUUGUAUUGGCGUUAUUGGCACAACUGAUUGGUUCUUAGCCCUAUAUAUAGACACAUACUUGUGACUUUUUAUCAGGAGUUUUUUAAACGAAUAUUUAACUUAGUUAUUCAAGUUGUAUCUUUACAUUCAGAAAGAUAUGCUAAAUGUUUUUUUUCUAAAAAGGGUCACGAUUGCUUACUGCUGCAGUAAAAAUUACGAAGUAUUGAUUUUGAAAUAUUAAAAAAUGUUUUCAUAGCUAUAUAAUUGUUUGUGUGAAAGUAGUUAUACAAGUAUGUAUCUUUUUAUGUUAUUUAAAAGCUAAAAGCUGUACAACUUUUUAAUAUAAGAACUGGCAUGUACAAAAAUAUUUGUUUUUUACAUUUCUCUUGCUAAUUAACAAAUCUGAUACUCUGAUUUCAAAAUUACAAUGAGAAACAAAACAAAAGGUAUUAGAGUUAUCUGAAUUUUUCUAAGACCAGCUCUUCAUUUUGCAAUGUAUCUAAAAUAUUUAAAACCAUAUCUAUACAACCAUGAUGUUCCUAAAAAUAUCUAUCAAAAGUGGCUUUACAUAGGUUUUGCUGUAUUUUGUCUAUUUUUAUAAACGUACAUGUGUUAUUGUACUUAUAUAAAUUUAAUUUAUUUCUUUAUUCUUGUAGAUACAUAAUUUGUGAAAUAUUGGAUUAUAACGAAUUUUGUACAAACCGUUUUUAUUACUUCUACAAAGAAUUUAAAUUUUAGUUCAUUAUCAAUUUAAUGUUUUACUUCUAUCCAUAAUAAGACUAUUUAAAACUAAAUAAGACAUUAUUGUUUUUGAAGAUUAUUAAAAAUACAUUUUUUCUGAAGAUAAAAAUACACAAUGUGAUAGUGAUUGUAUGAAAACUACUUUUUAUCAAAUUUUAAACUUCAGCUUGCAAAGCAAAGCAGUAAACAUGGCCCUGCCAGUAUAGAUGUUUCUGACUGCUAGACAGAUUAAUAAUCACAGUUAUUGUUUAAAAAAUUGUAACAGGUGUGUCUGAAAAGUAAACACUGUUGAAAAGUUUACUAAAUAGUUUUUUGGAGUUUAUUUGAAUUUUUUCCAUAGAAAAACUUAUUAAAAACUGUUUUCAAUAUAUUUUUCACUAAUAUUCAUCCGGUUAUCAAACUGGAUGACUAACUUAUCCAGGUGUUAGUGGAAAAAAAUAUUUUACCACUGAUGAUAGCUAUAACUCCCUAAUACUUUUGACAUUGUCAUCAAUUUCAAAGGAACAAGUGGUAGUUAGGUGGCGAUCAAGUAGUUAGUUAGAGUGUCGACAACAAUACGGGUCUGAUCAUUCUCAGUUAGAGUGUCGACAACACGGGUCUGAUCAUUCUCAGUUAGAGUGUCGACAACAACACGGGUCUGAUCAUUCUCAGUUAGAGUGUCGACAACAACACGGGUCUGAUCAUUCUCAGUUAGAGUGUCGACAACAACACGGGUCUGAUCAUUCUCAGUUAGAGUGUCGACAACAACACGGGUCUGAUCAUUCUCAGUUAGAGUGUCGACAACAACACGGGUCUGAUCACUCUCAUGAAGCAGCACUACUUAUUGAUAGAGAAUUCCUAUCUUCUUGUUUUUAAUUGCAUGCAGAAUUUCCCUCACAAUUUUUUUACUCGUUUUAAUAACUUGGCCGGUUUAUACAUGAUGGCAUUGAAAAGAAAAUCAAAGAAGAUGACUUACUUUUCAGUCACUCCUCGUACUUACUCCACAUCCUCUUAAAGUGUAGCUUCACUUCAUUCCCUUAGUCCAAAUAUCAGUUUUAGCCUUUGUUAUAAUUGUUAAUGUGAAACUCAUUUACAUUAGUUAUUUUAGUCAGAUUAUAUGUUAGCAGUAAUCCCACAAAAUAGUGUGGUUUUGAUAUUGUUAAGCAAGAAGCUCAAUGUUUGGAAUUGAAUCUUUAUGUUGUGUUUGCAAUUGAUUCAGUUAUUAUUCUACUAAUAAUCUGUCUAACCGAAAGUGUGGAUGCACUAAAUUAAGCUGUACAGUAUGUACUUUUGUAUACUAUUUUAGUUAGUUAAUAAUUAUUUGUAAGAUAUGUAAUUUAUGUUACAAAAUGUGAGAAUUUUAGUUAGUUAAAGAAGUUAGAUGUACAAUGUUGUUUACAUUUGAAAAAUUGUUGUACGUGUUCUCGGAUUUGAAAUUAGUCUUCAGUUGUGAUAAACAACUGAUUGUAUUCAUUUUGUUUUUGACGCAAGUGAUUGUCACUGUGAUGUUACAAAACUGGAAUGAUAAUAUCUGAGUAAUAUUGAAGUUCAAACAAAAACUUGAUUUUUAGCCAAAACUUGGUUUGUCAAUUAAUUAAAUUGUAAGUUACCUGUUCGCAGUGGAACUUGUGUUUUUUGUGAUAAUUUACAAGUUUGUAAAGCAAAGUAACUUACGAUAGUGAUUCCAUAUUAUGUAGUUAAACUGUAGACAUUUAGUGAUUGCAAGUUAGUUUAGUGAAAUGGCUUUCACUCAGUUUGUGUUGUCAUCAGUUUUGUUGUUAUUAAGCUGCUGUGAUAGUUUUUAACAGGCAAUUUGUGUAGAACCAGAUGAGAUAAAGCUAGCUUUAAAUAGAAGUAUCCCAAAUGAAGACAGUUUCCUUCAAAGUAUCAAUAAACGUUUAGAGAUGUUUAAGGUUUUAAUAUGAGUGAGUACUGAACUGCCUGCCUUAUGCAACACUAAUUUUUUAUUAAUUCCAUAAACUGUUUUGGGAUAAAUGACAGUUCUCACUGCUGCUUUUAGUUCUUUAUAAAUUCUCCAUCAAUAAUGUUUAUACAUUUAUUUUGUUUCCCGCCUCUGAAAUUGUUACAUUAUUAUAAAUGCAUGUGUAUAGACUAUUUUUUGUAGAAAAUUGUGUUUUAUUGUCGCAUAAAUUUCUUUCAUACAUAUCUAAUAGAUAUAUCCUAUCCAAGAACGAUCUCUGACUUAAAACAACAAAACUUAUAUAAGCAAUGAGCUACUCACUAUUCUUCCAAAAAGAUCUCAUGCCUAAAGUAUUUUCCAUCACAAGCAUUUAAUAUCUUCCAGAUCUCCUUUACUUGUAGAAGUAACACUUAUGGGUUGGAAUUGUGAAAUAAGUUCUUAUCAUAGUAUGAUAUUUCGGAAAAGGAAAUUUCAAAUUACAGUGCUGAAAAAAAUUUAGCCCAGAUUCAUUUAGUGUGCAUUUUAAUAGUGGCUCAUAGAAUUUAAAAAAAACUCCAUUUUUACCAAAGUUAAAUUUGUUUUCUGUUUCUUGAAAGAAGAAAUAACUGUAAAGAUGUAUCCACAUGCCGUGCCACAUAUUGUCAGAUGAAACAAGAUACAUAAUCCAAUUUACUUCCUGAAGGUUAUUAAUCAAUACAUUUAGGCAUUCCUAAACAUUCACUUCGUGAAUUACAAUGUACACAAUAAACUAAAAUAAGAUAAUACGGAUAUUCCAGUAUGCUGCUUUUAGCGUAAUUUCGAUGAUACAGAUAUAUCAAUAUUCUUUGUUUAAGGUCUGUUAUUGACGAUUGUGGGUUUGAAAGGAUAACAGGAUUUCGGACAUUUCCUAAAUGUAUAACAAAUAUGGAUUUAUACCCUCGUAAUGUAAUGGAUGGGAAAUGUCCAAAAUCAUAUUAUCCUUUUAUAUACAUAUGGCAUACUUUAAGGGUUAAUUUAAACAAUUCACAUUUUUUUAUCUGGCUCAUAGAAUAAGUGGAAAUGGCAUUAAUGUGCAAAUAGAAGAACUGGGAAGAAUCUUUGCUCAGAUAGUGAAAUAAGACACGUACAAAUUUAAUAACAAGCUAUAGACAGCUCUACAUUGGGGCACCCAUAUUGAAUAUCUAAAUAAAACAAUAACUUUAUAUUGUUUGUCACGUGUAACUAUAUCUUGUGGAAAUUUUAAGAUUGAGUAUGAUACUUUGAAGUGAAGUGAUAAAAUCCAUCACACAUUGUUUGUAGUUUUUUUGUAUAUUAUAAAGUACAAUAAGAAGUUAGCCUCCCUCCAUUACGUAAUGGCAUACCACUUAUCGUACAAACAGAAAUUAAAAAAUAUUUAGAGAAUAAUAUAUAGAUAAUAAAGUGACUCAAUUGUUAGUUAUUAUUAAUCUAACCUGAUGGUCUUUCUUUCCUUUGUAACCUAGGAGAAUUCAUAUUGAUAAUCUGUUAUGCUUUGUACACAAAUGACUUACUUUUAGCUAGUUAUAACGAUUUUAUUAUGGAUUAAUUUACCUAUCUAUUGAACAGUAUAACAAAUAAUAUUGUCGGUUUAGUCAACUCAGUAAAAAUUCAAAAAAAAAAAUAUAUUUUAAAUGGCAAUGCCAAAUACAUCAAGGGAACCUGUGGGACUAUAAACACAGUAGACCCGAAAUUCAAUUGUGUCAUAUUAUUAGUCCGGUUCAGCUUGAUUUAAACUGUUUUGAAUUGUUGAAUAAAGAGAGAUGGGGUGAGUCUAUCGUAGCUUUACACUCGUAAUUAAUUGUCAUGGAGAGGCCAUCUCACCAUUCAGCUUUAACUCAAUAUAUGACCAUAAAACUGUUGUGCAGAUUGAUGACUAUUUAUAUUGUUGACUCUGAUGAGUAUUUUAUCAGUUACCAAUGUGUGAAAGUAUACUAUUAACUAUGGAAUAGAAUGCAAUAAAUUAUUAAGCAUUUGUAUUA